GUACCAAUAUCUGCUCCUUCCCAAAACACAACUUCGGCUUAUCACACAAAAUGAAGAUCUUCAAUUGGGUUCAAAGGAGGCUGCAUCAGAGCGUGAUCAAAGAUGGGCUUGCUAAAAAUGUGAAGAAGACUGAAUCAAUCGCCAUUGACAACAAUACACAAGCCUUACUAGAACAAGUAGCCUUUGUCGAUGUGCUUGAAGGCUGGAAAGAUGGCAUUCUGACAAUUGGCACCUUUGGUUUUGAUCCCUUGAAAAAUACCCACAAACAAAAACAACAUUUCUUUUUAGGGAGCGACGAAGAAGAAGAACUUGAUGAGGAUUACAAUGAAGGAGAAAAUACUCAUCCCGCCGAAGAUGAUGAUGAUGAAGAUGCAGACCAAUUUUCCAUCAGCGACGACGACAACAACGAAGACGAAGAAGAAGACAACAAAAGCAGAAAGGUUGAAGAUGAAGAAGUAAACCCAUUAAUUUUGAGGACAUUCGACGAAGGUAGAUCGAAUAUGGAUGAUGAAGAAAGGUUGAGAAAAGGUGAUGAGUUAAUCAUGAGCGUUGAAUUAGGAGCAAUUGUGCAUGUGACGACAGAGAUUGAACAAGCAGUACAGAAGAGAAGAACAACACUUGCAGAGCUGUUCAUGGCGGAUUCUGAUGAUAUGGAGAAGAAGGUUGAAGGUGGUGAUGAGUUCGAGGUGACGAAGAAAGCGUGUAUUCGAACCAAGAAUGGACUGUCCUUCGCUAAGAAACUGAUUCCUCAUGUUGGAGACGAUUCACGUCCCAUCAAGAAAAUUCAACAAAUGAUGAAGAGGAUGCUGAAGAGGAAGAUCCACCCAGAGCUUGAAGGCAAGUCUCAUAAAUCCAAUGACAUCCAACUUCUCUCCGCUGAUACUGUCUCUCUUCUUCAACCUCCAGUGAGGUACAAGAGUUAGGUGAGGUUGAAUCUGAUGAUGGUCCAAUGAUGGUAGUGGUGGGCUAGACAUCCCGGAUGGCUCAAACAAAAUAAAAUCCAACAUGUAAUCAACCAAACGCAUGCAAUUUGUGUUUUUCACCAUCUGGGUCCAUGCCUUGUCUCCUUUACUCCUUACUUGUCAAAUCAUAUCAGAUGGUACAGCUUGAGGUCCAAGGGAAGAUAACCUAUUAAUUAUUCAUCAUCUGCUAUGACCGUGUUUGGUUGCUGGGUAUUUUUAUUUUUAUUUUUAUUUUUAUUUUUAAAAAGAACAUUAAUAUAUCGUUAAUGGGUUUUAAUUUGUUGUGUAUGUACUCAUGCAUGUGAUUUUUUGUUGUGUA